AUACUUUUAAUCGUAACCUUUUGCAUAAAUAAAUCGGUCUUGCAGAACUAUAAUGACCGAGGGUCCUGCAAAAUGAGCAGAGACGGUCUAGAGGAACCUCCGUUCGACAAGGCCACUAAAAACCGCAAAAGUUGGCUCAGCGGAUUUGAAGGCGUGCCAGGAUUUGAUCUUAGUGGACUUGGAACCGGAAAGAAAGAAGAAAGUCGAAUGGGCUCGGAGAAAUUUGGCCGAGAAAGGAAAAGGGAAGGAGAAAAGGGAAAAGAUAAAGUUUUUCAUUACAAACUCGUAAUUCUAGGCGAUGCCUUUGUAGGAAAGAGUUGCAUUGUCAGCAGAUUUGUCAAGGACGAGUUUGUUGACCAACAAUCGACCAUUGGAUCGGCUUUUGUAAAACACACGAUAAAGGUCGACGAUGCAACGAUCAUUUUUGAAAUCUGGGACACUGCUGGCCAAGAAAGAUAUAGAACUUUGGCUCCAAUGUACUAUAGAGGAUCUGCCGCCGCAAUUAUAGUCUACGAUAUUACCGUUAGGGACUCUUUUGACCAGGCCAAGAGCUGGAUACAAGAGCUUAAAAGCUAUGUAGAACCAAAUAUUGUACUCGGACUGGCUGGAAACAAGGUUGACUUGGAGGAUCAGAGGAGUGUGAAUCUUGAUAUUGUGAAGGAGUUUGCCAAGGCCAACGAUUGUAUAUUUAUGGAAACUUCAGCAAAGACGGGACAUAAUAUAAACAAGCUGUUUAUGGAAUUGGCCCGUAAAAUCCCGAGAGAGAAGCGAGUAAACGACUUUCAAAGCGGAUUCAGAAUAGACUUUAGGAAUACUACCACAAACCUAAGGUGCUGUACACGAUAAGUUUUAUUAAUUUCUAAUUAC